AUGUUGAUUGAGGCCAAUGGUCCCUUGCACAAUCCAGAUGUAAACUGUGGUCUUCAGAAGGUGAACUGUGAUCGGUUGGAUGCAUUAUUGAAUAUCAAUGGACUUCAAAACAAAGACAAUCCAUGCACCACUGAAAAAGCUCAUCAACAGUUUAUGGAAAUUUAUCCCAGCAUAUUCAUCAAAAAACCAACCAUUUUGCCAGGCAUUCCAGAACGAAGAACAAAAGGGGUACAUUCUUGUGCUUUCAGCAAUGAUACUUCAGUUGAUCAAGAUUCCCAUAACAUACGUUUCUACUUGAAUCAGAUGAAAAGUUCCCAGAAGUUGCGGCCAAACUCUCCAGAAUUCAUAGAGAAGCUGCAAGGCCUAAUCAAGAUACUCAAAAAGAUCCCCAUUCUAAGAUCUUACGAAGAACACGAGGCUGUGUAUAGGACAAUGAAACUAAUUCCUGAUAUCAGUGAGCAGCUUUCAGAUGCAGAGAUGAGGCAGCUCAGUACAACUGUCAUACGGGAAUACUGGGUGAAAGGAAGUACAGUGGAUGCAAGCCAAGGGCUUUAUGCAAUUCUCAAAGGCUCCGCUAGACCACAGUCAAAGUUUUACAAAAAAAUGGUUGGAGGAAACUUUGUUUUAGCACACAGGCAGAGCUCAACCACCAGCGCCUCUAGAUUGUCCCGGUCAUCAUUGUGCUCAAUCAUGCUUCGUAUAGGAUGUUGCUUCGGGACUUUGGAACCACUCCCUGCAGGGAUGCAACAAGAUGUACUAACAGUUGUUACAGAUGAUAACUGUGACUUUCUCAAAAUUCCCUCUACAGAUUACUUAAGAGUAAAAGCGGACAUAGCAAAGCGUGAGCAUCUUGCCAAAGAAGAAUUAAUCUGUGGCUCUCCAUUUUAUCAGGACUGGCCUAUGGUAUUUAUAUUUCAGCUGACUGCUCACUUAAAGUGGAGGAAGUUUCCAGUAGACCAUGUCAUUAUGAAAGGAGGAGAAAUAAGCACAUAUGUAGGAUUCAUUAAGUCUGGAUGCUGUAAUGCUUACCAAACAAUUCCAGCCCUUGUGAAACGACCUCUGGGGAAAAUGAUUAAAUGCAUCAGGCGAGUCCUCAUUGGCGAACUACACCCAAGGGAGUCCUUUGGAGAAAUCAGCAUUCUCCUUCAGGUCCCUUCAGCAUAUAUGCUGAAGGCAGCAACCCCUGUUGAGCUGGGAAUCAUUGAAGCUGCAGACAUACUUGAUUUAGAUCCAGUGAUUCAGAUACUCCUUCUACAAUCAGUAAAGCCAACAUUUGAAAAUAUCACACCUGAUGAGCUCAAGCUUAAAUAUAUAAAAAAAGAAAUAAAAAAAGAAUGGAAGCAUGAGAAGGAUUUGAUCCUGAAAGAUGCAUUGUCCUACAAUGGAAUUACCCCUGGUGUCGGAAAGUGGAUCCAUGAACAGAUUAAUUUCACUAAGAGUGAGAAAAAGCAUCAAGAGCAUUCCCUUGCAGCUACUUAG